AUGUCUGAGGGGGGUGAGGGGGUUACCGGUGCCUCCAGAGUGGGGUCCAAGAGAGCAGGGGUCCGGGCUGUGGUGGCGCUGAUCGGACUGCUCUACCGCUCCAGACAACACAGAGAGAGGGAGAGAGAGCGGAAGAGAGAGGGGGAGAGGGAGGACGAGUGGUGGGUAAACUCAACUCUUCAUUUCAUGAAGGCGGUGUGUGAGGAUGGGAGUGUGUGGGGAAAGUGUGUGUGUGCUUCUGAUGAGUUGUGAUCUGUGGAAGCAUGUGUGUGUUUCGUGUUUGACAAUGAAUGUGGCAGUGAUUUUUAUUAGUAAGAGAGUAUUUAGUGUCUUUACUGUAUUUUAACUAUGUUUAUAGUGUAGUUGAAUUGGGUCGUCGGUGUCUGUUGGAACUAUGGUAUAGAUGGUGUGAAUGGACAGCGGAAGCAUAGAUUCAGUGCAGAAUGAAAGAGUAUGUUAUAGCAGUAAGACAGAAGUGUGUAUGCAUGCCAGUGUCUCUUGCACAUGUCUUACACUUGUGCAUGUCUGUGUGUAUGUGGAAGAGUGCACGUUUGUUUGUGUGUCUGUGUGUAGUGAUGUAAAAUACUUGAAAUAACUACUUAAGUCGUUUUUUGGGUGUCUGUACUUUACUUUACUAUUUAUAUUUGGACAACUUUUACUUUUACUUCACUACAUUCCUAAAGAAAAUGUUUUCCCUGACACCCAAAAGUAAUCGUUACAUUUAGAAUGCUCAUGCAGGACAGCAAUAUGGUCCAGUUCACGCAACCUAUCAAUAUAACAUGAUGUCAUCCCUACUGCCUCUGACCUGGCAGACUCACUAAACACAAAAACUGUGUUUGUAAAUGAUGUCUGAGUGUUUUAGUGUGCCCCUGUCUGUCUGUAAAUAAAAAAAUAAAAUACAAAAAUUGUUUCGUGUGGUUUGCUUAACAUAAAGAUUUUGAUUUAUAGCAUUUACUUUUUACUUUUAUUCAAGUAUGACAGUUUAGUACUUUUUCCACCACUGUGUGGGAUUUGAGUGUGUGUGUGUGUGUGUGUGUGUUAGUCCCCUAUAAUAGAUUAAGUGUUGCUGUCUCUUUAAUAAUAAUAAGUCCAGUGAAGAAUCUAUACAGUCUAUUUGCAGAGAAAGAGCUUAUGAGGGAUUGGCCUGGUAUUUAUAGAGAACAGAUCAUUUCUCUCUCUUUCUCUCUCUCUCUCUCUCUCUCUCUUUCUCUCUCUCUCUCGCUCUCUUUCUCUUUGAAUGUCGCUUUCCCCUCUCUCUCUUUUCUCACUGUGAUGAUGAUAACAAUGGUCAAACUAGGACAUAUUUAAUUUCUGUGUCACACAGAUGUUUAGUACAUAAUGAUUGUUGUGUGUGUUUGUAAUAGCGAGAGAUUGACAGAGAGGGAGAAAGAGGAGCGUUUUAAAGGUGUAUGGUAGGAGUGAUAACAGCUUUGUUGUUGCUGUUGUUUGUUUCAGGAAGCAGGAGAGAGAGCUGCUGACCAUCUCUAACGUUCCCCUAGCAGACUGCCCCCCCUCUCCCCCGCGCACCGCACCCCCCACCAUGAAGGUAACACACACACACUCACGCGCAUGCGCACACACACACGCACACAUACACAAAGAAACACGCACGCACGCACACACGCACGCAUACACAUAGAAAAACGCACGCACACACACACACACACACACACACACACACACACACACACACACACACACAAACACACACACACAUACACAUAGAAACACUCACACACACAGGUAUAGAGAAUGGAGGAGAGAGAACCAGUUUCCAAUGGACUAUCUGACCAACCCCAGCAGGUAGUAUGACGUUUUGAAUGUGUACACUUAUGUAAAUGUGUAUCCAUUAUCGGCAUGGCGUUCUCGACCAUUGAUUUCUUGUGCCACAGUAUGCUGUAUGUGAUGAUUGUGUGAGAGAGUGAUGGUAAAUGUGUGUUGGGUUCUGUGUGUGUGUGUGAAAUCAACACUCCUAGGUAUAGGCAUUCAUAGAAACAAACGUUACUGCUGUACAGAUCCUAUGUCUGUGUGUAAUGUAGGAGUUGGCUGUUGUUCAGCUGAACAUUUUCAACAAUGUACAGAUUGAAUGCAGCCGAGUAGGGCUAUAUUAAGGCUAUAUCUAAGCAAUAAGGCCCGAGGAGGUGUGGUAUAUAGCCAAUAUACCACGGCUAAGUGCCUGGACACAGCCAUUAGCCAUGGGAUAUUGGCCAUAUACCGCAAACCCCCGAGGUGCCUUAUGGCUAUUAUAAACUGGUUACCAACGUAAUUAGAACAGUAAAAAAAAAAAAAUAACAACAUUGUAACCAGUUUAUAAUAGCAAUAAGGCACCUCAGGGGUUUGUGAUAUAUGGCCAAUAUACAACGGUAAAGGGCUGCAUUGCAUCAUGCGUAAGAACAGCCUUUAGCCGUGGUAUAUUGGCCAUAUAACACAGCUCCUUGGGCAUUAUUGCUUAAAUUUAACACGGCUUUCAGCCAAUCAGCAUUCAGGGCGCAAACCACACAGUUUAUAAUAGCUGUCAGAGUACAGCCUACAGUCAGGGUCUAGUUCAGUGAAGUGCAGGGUCAUCAGAGUCCGGCCUGGGAGGGAGUGAUGUGCCUUUGCUGCUUCUGCAGCCAGAGAUACUGGAUAUAAUGACGAGAUGCUUGUGUCUCCACCCUAACAAUUGGAUUCGAUGUCCACAGAGUGGAAUGGCGGGCUGUCAAGCUCCCGCCUACUACUCUCUUUGGAUUGGUGGAUACAUCUCGUUAUUUUGCAUCUAGAAAUGUGCAUCCUGUAGCACUAACUCCAAAAUGGAGAAUGGAGAAUAAGAGCACCUCCUCCCAGCUGCCCACUGCACUGAGGCUAGGAAACACUGUCACCACCGAUAAAUCUACGAUAAUCGAGAAUUUCAAUAAGCAUUUUGCUACGGCUGGCCAUGCUUUCCACCUGGCUACCCCUACCCCGGCCAGCUGCAACUUGCCCAUGCCCCCCCCCCCCGCUUCUCCUUCAUCCAAAUUCAGAUAGCUGAUGUUCUGAAAGAGCUGCAAAAUCUGGACCCCUACAAAUCAGCUGGGCUAGACAAUCUGGACCCUUUCUUUCUAAAAUUAGCCGCUGAAAUUGUAGCAACCCCUAUUACUAGCCUGUUCAACCUCUCUUUCGUAUCAUCUGAGAUCCCCAGAGAUUGGAAAGCUGCCGCGGUCAUCCCCCUCUUCAAAGGGGGUGACACUCUAGAUCCAAACUGUUACAGACCUAUAUCCAUCCUGCCCUGCCUAUCGAAAGUAUUUGAAAGCCAAGUUAACAAACAGAUCACCGUCCAUUUCGAAUCCCACCGUACCUUCUCUGCUAUGCAAUCUGGUUUCCGAGCUGGUCAUGGGUGCACCUCAGCCACGCUAAAGGUCCUAAACGAUAUUAUAUACCGCGAUCGAUAAAAGACAGUACUGUGCAGCUGUCUUCAUCAACCUGGCCAAGGCUUUCGACUCUGUCAAUCACCGCAUUCUUAUUGGCAGACUAAAUAGCCUUCGUUUCUCAAAUGACUGCCUCGCCUGGUUCACCAACUACUUCUCAGAUAGAGUUCAAUGUGUCAAAUCGGAGGGCCUGUUGUCUGGACUUCUGGCAGUCUCUAUGGGGGUGCCACAGGGUUCAAUUCUCGGGCCAACUCUAUUCUCUGUGUAUAUCAAUGAUGUCGCUCUUGCUGCUGGUGACUCUCAGAUCCACCUCUAUGCAGACAACACCAUUUUGUAUACAUCUGGCCCUUCAUUGGACACUGUGUUAACAAACCUCCAAACGAGCUUCAAUGCCAUACAACACUCGUUCCAUAGCCUCCAACUGCUCUUAAACACUAGUAAAACUAAAUGUAUGCUCUUCAAUCGAAUGCUGCUUGCACCCGCCUGCCCGACUAGAAUCACUACUCUCGAUGGGUCUGACUUAGAAUAUGUGGACAACUACAAAUACCUAGGUGUCUGGUUAGACCGUAAACUCUCCUUCCAGACUCACAUUAAGCAUCUCCAAUCCAAAGUUAAAUCUAGAAUCUGCUUCCUAUUUCGCAACAAAGCCUCCUUCACUCAUGCUGCCAAACAUGCCCUCGUGAAACUGACUAUCCUACCGAUCCUUGACUUUGGCGAUGUCAUUUACAAAAUAGCCUCCAACACUCUACUCAGCAAAUUGGAUGUAGUCUAUCACAGUGCCAUCUGUUUUGUCACCAAAGCCCCAUAUACUACCCACCAUUGUGACCUGUACGCUCUCGUUGGCUGGCCCUCACUACAUAUUCGUCGCCAAACCCACUGGCUCCAGGUCAUCUAUAAAUCACUUCUAGGCAAAUCCCCGUCUUAUCUUAGCUCAUUGGUCACCAUAGCAACACCCACCCGUAGUAUGCGCUCCAGCAGGUAUAUCUCACUGGUCAUCCCCAAAUCCAACACCUCCUUUGGUCGCCAUUCCUUCCAGUUCUCUGCUGCUAAUGACUGGAACGAACUGCAAAAAUCUCUGAAGCUGGAGACUCUUAUCUCCCUCACUAACUUUAAGCAUCAGUUGUCAGAGCAGCUUACCGAUCACUGCACCUGUACACAGCCCAUCUGUAAUUAGCCCACCCAACUACCUCAUCCCCAUAUUGUUAUUUAUUUUGCUCAUUUGUACCCCAGUAUCUCUAUUUGCACAUCAUCUUCUGCACAUCUAUCAUUCCAGUGUUAAUACUAAUAUUGUAAUUAUUUUGCACUAUGGCCUAUUUAUUGCCUUACCUCCAAAACGUACUACAUUUGCACACACUGUAUAUAUAUUUUCUAUUGUGUUAAUGACUGUAUUUGUUUUAUCCCAUGUGUAACUCUGUGUUGUUGUUUUUAUCGCACUGCUUUGCUUUAUCUUGGCCAGGUCACAGUUGUAAAUGAGAACUUGUUCUCAACUGGCUUACCUGGUUAAAUAAAGGUGGAAAAAAUACAAAACACUUUUUGGAAUAUUCUAUGAGGGGUGUUGACGUAUUACAUUGAGAGUGAGAUGCUAUGCUAGCCUCAUGAAUACGCAUAGAUCAUCUUGAAUUUCAACAGGGACAACUCCGAUAUAAAGUGUUUUUUCUCACCUGCAUCACACUUAUAUAAGUACACUCGUAACAACCUAAUCAUUACCAAACGUCUGCUCGAUCAAAUAAGCCUCACGUGUCAAAAUAACAACAUCUUGACUAAAUUCAACACUCUCUCAUUGCCCCCCAUACAAAAACUCCUCACUUGGCAGUCUACCAAGUUAUUUUCACUUGGAAAGAUUUUGCAAUGAGUAAAACCUCUCACUCCGCCUCUUCCUCUCCGCUGCAGCUCAGUCAGGACCAGGAAGUGAUGUGAGAGAAGGCGAUGUCAGAGAAAUGGCCCAAAAAAUGAUUUUUAAAAAGAGUGAGAAAGAAGUUACUGAGACUGUGCAUCUCUCUCUCUCUCUCUCUCUCUCUCUCUCUCUCUCUCUCUCUCUCUCUCUCUCUCUCUCUCUUUCUCUCUCUCCAGUCUGCCCAUUUCUUUGACAUGAUGGAGAAAAUGGAGGUAAGCAUGGAACUCCUGUCGUCUGUGUCUGUCUGAUUAAUAACCCAGAAUCCUCCAGGUGACAACCGAACUGAUGAUAAGGUCAUGGGUCAAAGGUUACCAUGAGGUCAUCAGGGGGUUCAUGACCUUGGACACUUCCCAGAAUGCAUUGAGUCAGUCAUUAUAUAUAGCAACAAGGUUUCAGAACCACUCAUUCUACACUCUUACUACUAUGCUUUUAAUAUUCUCUUAUUUGUGCUUUCUAACUCCUACAACCCUUAUUCUCAUAAAUUACAACUCCAAACAUCUCACCCUCAUAAAUAUCCAACAUCCUUUCCCUAAACCUCUAUCCCUUACAUCCUAACCCCCUGCCUCCAAAUCCCACCAUACCCACCUACCCAACCCCCCAACCCUCUGCCUCUGACCUCUAACAUCUACCCCAUACAUUGCACGUAUAACCCCUAACCCCCCUAAGCAGGUACCAGAGGUAGCAGAGAAAACAGUGGCUGGUCCUCAGAGACUGAAGGUGUGGACAGCAUGUCUGUCUGUCCUCAUAUCCAUCCGUUCACUGAAUAUACUGUAUAUAGUGGAAAUAUACCCAUAGUCAUUCAUACCCUCUUUAUUUACAAACUCAUGUUCUGUGUUGUCAUGAAUUCAUUUCGGCAGUCUUUAUCUCAUUCACCCCUGAUUUGACAAGUCAAGUGAAAUUCAUUUGCGCUUUUAGUUCAGACAGUAAUGCAUGUGAGUUUGCUUGUCUUUGUGGUGUAAAAACAUAAAGCACUAAUUUAUUCAUACUACAUUUUUACAAGAGAAAGACAAAAAACACCUCAUGGUCAUAUUUAUUUUGUGUCGAGCUCGUCUUGUCCUUUGUGUUAGCUGCUUUUCAAAUCUUUGUACAGAGUACUGUGUGUGUGUGUGUGUGUGUGUGUGUGUGUGUGUGUGUGUGUGUGUGUGUGUGUGUGUGUGUGUGUUGUAUGUAGAGCAGAACCUGAUUCCACUCUCUCUUACAGGAUGACUACAUCCCAUACCCCAGGAUAGAGGAGGUACGUCAGCAAACUGAUAACAUGCAGACACACUGACACACUGACACACACACACACACACACACACAAAUUGUUGUUUGUCCCUCCCCAGGUGCUGGAAAGGGGUGGUCCGUACCCCCAGGUGAUCCUGCCGGAGUUUGGGGGAUACUGGAUCGAGGACCCUGACGCCCUCGUCCCCCCAACCCCUUCUCUGUGUGACAGGGGGGACGACGGAGGGGGAGGAGAAGGGGAAGAGGGGGACGCUGCCCAAGUGGGUUAUGGGUACCGGCUGGAGAGUAACGACGCAGCACGUGCCUACAGGAAGCACUUCCUGGGCAAGGUCAGUGCCAUGGCAACACAUCACAUUACCUUUUUCUCUGACCUGUAACAUGUCAAUAAUUGAAAUACUGUGCUGCCUAAAGUGCAUCUCGAAUCGCACCCUAUGCCCUAUAUGCAUUCAGAAAGUUUUCACACCACUUGACUUUUUCCACAUUUUGUUGUGUUACAAAGUGAGAUUAAAAUUGAUUUAAUUGUCAUUUUUUGUCAACGAUCUACACAAAAGCCUGUAAUGUUGGAAGUGGAAUAGAAAUUCUAACAUUUGUAAAAAAAAAAAAAAAAAAUGAUUAUCUUGAUUAGAUAUUUAUUCAACCACUGAGUCAAUAUAAUCACCUUUCACACCUGGACUGUGCAGCAUUUGGCCUUUAUUCUUUUCAACAUUCUUCAAGCUUGGUUGUUGAUAAUUGCUAGACAACCAUUUUCUUGCCAUAGAUUUUCAUGCAGAUUUAAGUCAAAACUCUAACUCGGCCACUCACUUUAUUCUGGGUAAGCAACUCCAGUGUAGAUUUGGCCUUGCGUUUUAGGUUAUAGUCCUGCUGAAAGGUAAAUUCAUCUCCCAGUGUCUGGUGGAAAGCAGACUGAACAAGGUUUUCCAUCGUUUUGACUGUGCUUAGCUCAAUUCAGUUUAUUUUUCAUCCUUAAAAACUCCCCAGUCCUUAACGAUUACAAGCAUACCCAUAACAUGAUGCAGCCACCACUAUGCUUGAAAAUAUGGACAGUGGUACUCAGUAAUGUGUUGUAUUGGAUUUGCCCCAAACAUAACACUUUGUAUUCAGGACAAAAAGUGAAUUGCUUUGCCACAUUUUAUGCAGUAUUACUUUAGUGCCUUGUUGCAAACAGGAUGCAUGUUUUGGAAUAUUUGUAUUAUGUACAGGCUUCCUUCUUUUCAGUCUGUCAAGUAGGUUAGUAUUGUGGAGUAACUACAAUGUUGUUGAUCCAUCCUCAGUUUUCUCCUAUCACUGCCAUUAAACUCUGUAACUGUUUUAAUGUCCCCAUUGGCCUCAUGGUGAAAUCACUGAGUGGUUUCCUUCCUCUCCAACAACUGAGUUAGGAAGGACGCCUGUUUUUUUGUAGUGACUGGAUGUAUUGAUACACCAUCCAAAGUGUAAUUAAUAACUUCACCAUACUUAAAGGGAUAUUCAAUGUCUGCUUUUUCUUAUUUUUACCCAUCUACAAAUAGGUGCCCUUCUUUGUGAGGCAUUGGAAAACCUCCCUAGUAUUUGUGGUUGAAUCUGUGUUUGAAAUUCACUGCUCGGCUGAGGGACCUUACAGAUAAUUGUAUGUGUGGGGUACAGAGAUGAGAUAGUCAUUACAAAAUCAUGUUAAACACUAUUACGGCACACAGAGUGAGUCCAUGCAACUUAUUAUUGUCACGAUCGUCUUGAAGCGAAGUAGACCAAUGCGCAGCGUGUUGAGCGAACAUGAUACUUUAUUAUAUUAAAGCACAAAACCAAAACAAUAAACGACUCGUGAAGUCCACGGUGACAAAGACCGACAAGGAACAAAAACCCACAAACACAAAGUGAAACACAGACAGUUAAAUAUGGCUCCCAAUCAGAGACAACCAGCACACAGCUGACACUCGUUGCCUUGAUUGGAGUCACUCAGUCAAACAUAGAAAAUGACGAACUAGAACACCCAACAUAGAAACAGAACACAUAGAAUGAACACACCCUGGCUCAACAUAUAGAGUCCCAGAGCCAGGGUGUGACAGUACCCCCCCCUAAAGGCGCGAACUGCGACCGCGCCUAAAUACGAGCAAAACAGGGGAGGGCUGGGUGGGCAUUCCUCCUCGGUGGCGGCUCCGGCUCCGGGCUUGCCCACCACCCUCCAACAAACCCCUCAUAGCGCCCCUGGUCCGGUCUGGCCCCGCUGGCUGGAGCUGGACUGGACGUAGCAGGAGCGGUAGGCUUCAGCUCCUUAGUGGAGCAGUUGAGCGGUACCUGAAUUGGCACCGAUGACCCAGGCACGGGUUGUGCCGGACUGACGACUCGCACCCCUGGCUUGGUGCGAGUGGCAGGAACGAGCCGGGCCGGGCUGGCGACGCGCACCGUAGACUUGGUGCGAGUGGCAGGAACAGGCCGGACCGGGCUGGCGACGCGCACCGUAGACUUGGUGCGUGGAGCAGGGACAGGCCGGGCCGGGCUGGCGACGCACCCCGUAGGCUUGGUGCGUGGAGCAGGGACAGGCCGGGCUGGGCUGGCGACGCACACCGUAGGCUCGGUGCGUGGAGCAGGAACAGGCCGGACUGGGCUGGCGAUGCACACCGUAGGCUUGGUACGUGGAGCAGGGACAUGCCGGGCCGGGCUGGCGACGCACCCCGUAGGCUUGGUGCGUGGAGCAGGGACAGGCCGGACCGGGCUGGCGACGCACACCGUAGGCUUGGUGCGUGGAGCAGGAACAGGCCGGGCUGGGCUGGCGACGCACACCGUAGGCUUGGUGCGUGGAGCAGGGACAGGCCGGGCCGGGCUGGCGACGCACCCCGUAGGCUUGGUGCGUGGAGCAGGGACAGGCCGGGCUGGGCUGGCGACGCACACCGUAGGCUUGGUGCGUGGAGCAGGGACAGGCCGGACUGGGCUGGCGACGCACACCGUAGGCUUGGUGCGAGUGGCAGGAACAGGCCGGGCCGGGCUGGCAACGCACCCCGUAGCCUUGGUGCGUGGAGCAGGGACAGGCCGGGCUGGGCUGGCGACGCACACCGUAGGCUUGGUGCGUGGAGCAGCAACUGGCCGGACUGGGCUGGCGACGCACACCGUAGGCUUGGUGCGAGUGGCAGGAACAGGUCGGGCCGGGCUGGCGACGCACACCGUAGGCUUGGUGCGAGGGGCAGGAACAUGCCGGGCUGGGCUGGCGGCGUGCACCUUACACUUAGUACGGGAAGCAGGAACGGGCCGGACCGGACUGGUGACGCACACCACUUGCUUGGUGUGAGGAGCGGGACUGGGUUUCGUCAUAACCCCCCGCUCCCUCAGCUGCCUACCGAGUUCCUCUCGCCGUGCCUCAUUUCUCACCCUUUCCCUUAUCGCCUCCAAAUGCUCCAUCCUCUGCAACACUACCUCCUGCUCCCUCGUCGUCCCUGCCGUGUGCCCCCCCCUAAAAUUUUUUUGGGGUUGCCUCUCGCCUGUCCGACGUUGACCCUGCUGACGCCGCUGCUCCUCUCUCCGUCGCCUCUCCACCGUCUCACUCCAUGGCCGGCGAUCCAUCCCGGCCAGGAUCUCCUCCCAGGUCCAGGACCCUUUCCCGUCUAAUAUCUCCUCCCAUGACCAGGCUGCCUGCUCCUGGACACGCUGCUUGGUCCUGGAUUUGUGGGUUUUUCUGUCACGAUCGUCUUGAAGCGAAGUAGACCAAUGCGCAGCGUGUUGAGCGAACAUGAUACUUUAUUAUAUUAAAGCACAAAACCAAAACAAUAAACGACUCGUGAAGUCCACGGUGACAAAGACCGACAAGGAACAAAAACCCACAAACACAAAGUGAAACACUGACAGUUAAAUAUGGCUCCCAAUCAGAGACAACCAGCACACAGCUGACACUCGUUGCCUCUGAUUGGGAGUCACUCAGUCAAACAUAGAAAAUGACGAACUAGAAACACCCAACAUAGAAACAGAACACAUAGAAUGAUCACACCCUGGCUCAACAUAUAGAGUCCCAGAGCCAGGGUGUGACAAUUAUGUGACUUGUUAAGCAAAUAUUUACUCCUAAACUUAUUUAGGCUUGCCAUAACAAAGUGGUUGAAUACUUAUUGACUCAAGACAAUUAUGAAAAACAUAAUUCCACUUUGACAUUAUAGGGUACUGUGUGUAGGCCAGUGACAACAAAUGUAAAUGUAAUCCAUUUAAAAUUCUGGCUGUAACACAACAAAAUGUGUGAAUACUUUCUGAAGGCACUGUAGUGCCCUACUUUUGACCAGAGCCCUAUGGGUCUUAUACUUUCUGGCAAUGUAUCACAUUUUGACCAUUCUGUCUGACUUUGUAGAGUAUAAACACUUUCACUGUCCUAUUCUUUCAGUGUUACAUACUUUUUUUGAUUGUCUGUCUGUCUCCUAUAAACGCUGUCCUAUUCCCUCUCUAUGUGAUAGGAGCACUUGAAUUUUUACUGCGUGGCCAGUAGUCAUGGCAACCUCAUUAUGUCUGUGAAACACGAGGAAGUGAAGGGUCAGGAGUAUCUACACGUCAUCCUCAGGUAAGAACACAACACACCUUAACACACCUGACCACUCCUUAACACAACUGACCAUUACACACCGUUUGUGACUGCCCACACUUAACAUGAGUAAGAAAUACAUACACAAGUUUUAAAAAAUAAAAUAAAAAUAUUUAUAUAUUUGUCACAUGCGCCAAAACGACAGGUGUAGACCUUACUGUGAAAUGCUUACUUACAAGCCCUUAACCAACAAUGCAGUUUUAAGAAAAAUAUAUACUAAAUAAAUUAAAGUAAAAAAAUAAAAGAGCAACAAUAAAAUAACAAUAACGAGGCUAUAUACAGGGGGUACCGGUACCGAGUCAAUGGGCGGGGGUACAGGUUAGUCAAGGUAAUUGAGGUAAUAUGUACAUGCAGGUAGGGGUAAAGUGACUAUGCAUAGAUAAUAAACAGCGAGUAGCAGCAGCAUAAAAAAAGGGGGGGAAGGGAGGAGCAAUGCAAAUAGUCCGGGUAGCCAUUUGAUUAGCUGUUCAGCAGUCGUAUGGCUUGGGGAUAGAAACUGUUAAGAAGCCUUUUGGAUCUAGACUUGGCACUCCGGUACCGCUUGCCGUGCGGUAGCAGAGAGAACAGUCUAUGACUAAGGUGGCUGGAGUCUUUUCGCAAUUUAUAGGGCUUUCCUCUGACACCGCCUGGUAUAGAGGUGCUGGAUGGCAGGAAGCUUGGCCUCAGUGAUGCUUGGCCUCUGUAGCGCCUUGCGGUCGGAGGCCAAGCAGUUGCCAUACCAGGCGGUGAUGCAACCAGUCAGAAUGCUCUCGAUGGUGCAGCUGUAGAACCUUUUGAGAAUCUGAGGACUCAUGCCAAAUCUUUUCAGUCUCCUGAGGGCAAAUAGGUGUUGUCAUGCCCUCUUCACGACUGGUGUGUUUGGACCAUGAUAGUUUGUUGGUGAUGUGGACACCAAGGAACUUGAAGCUCUCAACCUGCUUCACUACAGCCCCGUCGAUGAGAAUGGGGGCGUGCUUGGUCCUCCUUUUCCUGUAGUCCAUGAUCAUCUCCUUUGUCUUGAUCACGUUGAGGGAGAGGUUGUUGUCCUGGCACCACACUGCCAGGUCUCUGACCUCCUCCCUACAGGCUGUCUCAUCGUUGUUGGUGAUCAGGCCUACCACCGGUUUCGUCUGCAAACUUAAUGAUGGUGUUGGAGUCGUGCUUAGCUACGCAGUCAUGGGUGAACAUGGAGUACAGGAGGGGACUAAGCACGCAACCCUGAGAGGCCCCCUUGUUGAGGAUGAGCGUGGCGGAUGUGUUGUUGCCUACCCUUACCACCUGGUGGCGGCCCGUCAGGAAGUCCAGGAUCCAGUUGCAGAGGGAGGUGUUUAGUCCCAGGGUCCUUAGCUUAGUGAUGAGCUUUGAGGGCACUAUGGUGUUUAACACUGAGCUGUAGUCAAUGAACAGCAUUCUCACGUAGGUGUUCCUUUUGUCCAGGUGGGAAAGGGCAGUGUUGAGUGCAAUAGAGAUUGCAUCGUCUGUGGAUCUGUUGGGGCGGUAUGCAAAUUGGAGUGGUCUAGGGUUUCUGGGAUGAUGGUGUUGAUGUGAGCCAUGACCAGCCUUUCAAAGCACUUCAUGGCUACAGAUGUGAGUGCUACGGGUUGGUAGUCAUUUAGGCAGGUUACGUUGGUGUUCUUGGGCACAGGGACUAUGGUGGUCUGCUUGAAACAUGUAGGUAUUACAGACUCGGCCAGGGACAGGUUGAAAAUGUCAAUGAAGACACUUGUCACUUGGUCAGUGCACGCUCAGAGUACACGUCCUGGUAAUCUAUCUGGCCCUGCGGCCUUGUGAAUGUUGACCUGUUUAAAGGUCUUACUCACAUCAGCUACGGCGAACGUGAUCACACAGUCGUCCGGAACAGCGGGUGCGCUCAUGUAUGCUUCAGUGUUGCUUGCCUCGAAGUCGCAUAGAAGUCAUUUAGCUCGUCUGGUAGGCUUGUGUCACUGGGCAGCUCGCGGCUGGGCUUCCCUUUGUAGUCCAUAAUAGUUUGCAAGCCCUGCCACAUCGACGAGCGUCGGAGCCGGUAUAGUAGGAUUCAAUCUUAGUCCUGUAUUGAUGCUUUGCCUGUUUGAUGGUUUGUCUGAGGGCAUAGCGGGAUUUCUUAUUAUUUCCGGGUUAGAGUCCCGCUCCUUGAAUGUGGCAGCUCUACCCUUUAGCUCAGUGAGGAUGUUGCAUGUAAUCCAUGGCUUCUGGUUGGGGUAUGUAGUACGUACGGUCACCGUGGGGACAACGUCAUCGAUGCACUUAUUGAUGAAGCCGGUGACUGAUGUGGUAUACUUCUCAAUGCCAUUGGAUGAGUCCCGGAACAUAUUCCAGUCUGUGCUAGCAAAACAGUCCUGUAGCUUAGCAUCUGCGUCAUCUGACCACUUCCGUAUUGAGCGAGUCACUGGUACUUCCUGCUUUAGUUUUUGCUUGUAAGCAGGAAUCAGGAGGAUAGAAUUAUGGUCGGAUUUGCCAAAUGGAGGGCGAGAGAGAGCUUUGUACGCAUCUCUGUGUGUGUAGUAAAGGCUGUCUAGAGGUUUUUUUCCUCUGGUUACACAUGUAACAUGCUGGUAGAAAUGAGGUAAAACGGAUUUACGUUUCCCUGCAUUAAUGUCCCCGGCCACUAGGAGUGCCACCUCUGGAAUAGCAUUUUCUUGUUUGCUUAUGGCUUUAUACAGCUCGUUGAGUGCGGUAUUAGUGCCAGCAUCGGUUUUGUGGUGGUAAAUAGACAGCUACGAAAAAUAUACAUGAAAACUCUCUUGGUAAAUAGUGUGGUCUACAGCUUAUGAGAUACUCUACCACAGGCGAGCAAAACCUUGAGACUUCCUUAAUAUUUGAUUUUGCGCACCAGCUGUUAUUGUCAAAUAGACACAGACCGCCACCCCUUGUCUUACCGGAGGCAUCUGUUCUGUCUUGCCGAUGCAUGGAAAUACCAGCCAACUGUAUAUUAUCCAUGUCGUUGUUCAGCCACGACUCAGUGAAACAUAAGCUAUAAAAAAAUCGUAUGUCCCGUAGUUAGGAUAGUCUUGAAAUGAGCUCAUCCAGUUUAUUCUCCAAUGAUUGCACGUUGGCCAAUAGGACGGAUGGUAGAGGCGGGUUACCCACUUGGAUCUGCGUCCCCUGUAUCGGCGUCUUUUCUUAAUGCGAAUGACGGGGAUUUGGGCCUGGUCUUGUAUCUGGAGUAAAUCAUUCGCGUCCGACUCUUUAAAGAAAAAAUCUUUGUCCAGUUCGAGGUGAGUAAUUGCUGUUCUGAUAUCCAGAAGCUCUUUUCAGUCAUAAGAGACAGUGGCAGAAACAUCAUGUACAAAAUAAGUUAUAAUCAACGUGAAAAAACACACAAAAUAGUACAAUUGGUUAGGAACCCGUAAAACGGCACCAUCUCCUCCAGCGCCAUUAUCAGAGUAUUUGAGAUCAUUUUGAUCUCUAACACUGUCAUUUUCAUCUCUCUCUCUCUCUCCUCUCUCUCUCUCUCUCUCUCUCUCUCUCUCUCUCUCUCUCUGUCAGGUCAAGGAUGAAGACAAUGUAUGAUAGGAUCUCUCUAGCAGAACUUCCUGAGCUGCCUAGUGUCCCUCACCUAGCCAAGGUAACCAAACCACUACACAAUUACUACAGAAACCACAGGGGACCACCAUAUUUUUGGAGGAUUUGGCAAACUAUGAAUAUUGUUGAAUUAUCUCGGUUCAUUGAGAUAAGAUCUAGCUAUGUACAGUGUACAUACCUUCCUAACUAUAUGUUGUGUGCUUCGGUGUGUUCAUAACUUGUUGUGUGUUCAGCUGCUGUGUGAGGAUGCUGUUGGUCUCCGGUUCAGUCCAGUUCUGUAUCCCAAGGUGAGCUCAACUUCAGAUACACACAAAUACACGCAGUGUAUCACAUCAUGACCAAUAACUGCUAUAAGUGAUUACUCUGUGUAUUUACCAGGCCUCCCAGCUUAUAGUAAGCUAUGAUGAACAUGAGGUGAACACCACCUUCAAGUUUGGGGUCAUCUACCAGAGGUUUGGACAGGUGAGUUUUGCUCUGUGUGUGUAUUGGAGUUUAGCUAUGCUGUUUGGGUUUUAAUAAAAAAAACAAUCUCACACUAUUUUCUCUUUCUCAAUGUCUGUCUGUCAGGUUUCGGAGGAGGAGUUGUUUAGAAACAGUGAGGAGACGCCAGCCUUCACUGAGUUCCUCAGUUUACUGGGAGAGACUGUAGACCUACAGGACUUUAAAGGGUAAGAGAGAGAGGGACGGGGUGUUAAAAACAGACAGAGAGAGAGAGAGACAGAGAGGGUUAUAGAACCCAUUGCCCUUUAUGGUUUGGAGGUCUGGGGUCCGCUCACCAAGAAUUUGAAUUCACAAAAUGGGACAAACACCUAAUUGAGACUGCAUGCAGAAUUCUGCAAAAAUAUCCUCUGUGUACAAUGAAAUACACCAAAUAAUGCAUGCAGAGCAGAAUUAGGCCGAUACCCACAAAUGAUCAAAAUCCAGAAAAGAGCCGUUCAAUUCUACAACCACCAAAAAGGUAGUGAUCCCCAAACCUUCCAUAACAAAGCCAUCACCCACAGAGAGAUUAACUUGGAUAAUAGUCUCCUAAGCAAGCUGGUCCUGGGGCUCUGUUCACAAACACAAACAGACCCCACAGCGCCCCAGAACAACAACAACAACAUAAUUAGACCCAACCAAAUAAUUGAGAAAGGCCGCCGUAGGCAGACCUGGCUCUCAAGAGAAGACAGGCUAUGUGCACACUGCCCACAAAAUGAGGUGGAAACUGAGCUGCACUUCCUAACCUCCUGCCAAAUGUAUGACCAUAUUAGAGACACAUAUUUCCCUCAGAUUACAGAGACCCACAAAGAAUUCGAAUAAACAAACCCAAUUUUGAUAAACUCCCAUAUCUUUUGGGUGAAAAACCACAGUGUGCCAUCACAGCAGCAAGAUUUGUGACCUGUUGCCACAAGAAAAGGGCAACCAGUGAAGAACAAACACCAUUGUAAAUACAACCCAUAUUUAUAUUGAUUUAUUUUCCCUUUUGUACUUUAACUAUUUGCACAUCAUUACAACACUGUAUAUAAACAUCAUAUGACAUUUGAAAUGUCUUUAUUUUUUUUUUACUUUUGUAAGUGUAACGUUUACUGUUCAUUUUUAUUGUUCACUUUUAUUUAUCUACUUCACUUGCUUUGGCAAUGUUAGCAUAUGUUUCCCAUGCCAAAAAAGCCCUUAAAUUGAAUUUAAUUGAAUUGAGAGACAGAGAUAUAUAUAUAUAUAUAUAUAUAUAUAAUAGGAAAGAGGGGUGGGGGAGAGACUGAGGAAGAAAGAGAGAGAGAAUGGGGGUUGACGGUGAGAGGUAAAGAAAUGAGAGGUUAAGAAUAACACAGGCUCUAAUCCUAACCCCCUGUUCCUCCUCUCCCUGUCCCUGUAGCUUCCGUGGUGGUCUGGACGUAUGUCAUGGUCAGACAGGUUCACAGUCAGUCUACACAGACUACAGAGAACAGGAGAUCAUGUUCCACAUCUCUACCAAGCUGCCCUACACAGAGGGAGACACGCAACAGGUACACACACACACACACCUAAAAUCCUACACGUAA